CAGUGGGCCAAUCGGGUUACAGCAUUGGUCGGCUGCCUCAGAGGCAGAGGCGAAGGCGGGUGGCGUUCUGUGGGCGUCCGCAGGCUUCCAAAGUCCAACGUAUAAAGCUGGUAAAAGCAGAGCAGAUCUGGUCAGGUCUGAGACGCUGAGUCCAGAGCAAUGUUGCUGAAGACAGUGGUCUUGCUGGUCCUGGUGGCCCAGGUGCUGAUGCUAGAGAAUGGGCUUCUGCAGAAGCCACCCAUGGGCUGGCUGGCCUGGGAACGCUUUCGCUGCAACAUCAACUGUGACGAGGACCCAAAGAACUGCAUCAGUGAGCGGCUCUUCAUGGAGAUGGCCGACCACCUGGCACAGGAUGGAUGGCGGGACCUAGGCUACACAUACCUUAACAUCGACGACUGCUGGAUUGGUGGGCGUGACGCUAAAGGCCGCCUGGUACCCGACCCCAAGCGCUUCCCCAACGGCAUUGCCUUCCUGGCUGACUAUGCUCACUCCCUGGGCCUGAAGCUGGGCAUCUACGGGGACAUGGGCAACUUCACCUGUAUGGGCUACCCAGGCACCACGCUAGACAAGGUGAUUCAGGACGCUCAAACCUUUGCCGAGUGGAAGGUGGACAUGCUGAAGUUGGAUGGCUGCUUUUCGACCCCUGAGGAACGGGCCAAGGGGUACCCCAAGAUGGCAGCUGCCCUGAAUGCCACAGGCCGCCCCAUUGCCUUCUCCUGCAGUUGGCCAGCCUAUGAAGGGGGCCUUCCCCCAAAGGUGAACUACACUCUGCUGGCAGAAAUCUGCAACCUCUGGCGCAACUAUGAUGACAUCCAGGACUCCUGGGGUAGCGUGCUCUCCAUCCUGAGCUGGUUUGUGGACAACCAGGACAUCCUGCAGCCGGUGGCAGGCCCUGGGCACUGGAACGACCCAGACAUGCUGCUCAUAGGGAACUUUGGCCUCAGCUUUGAGCAAGCCCGGGCCCAGAUGGCCCUAUGGACGGUGCUGGCAGCCCCCCUCUUCAUGUCCACCGACCUGCGUACCAUCUCUGCCCAGAACAUGGACAUUCUGCAGAAUCCACUCAUGAUCAAAAUCAACCAGGAUCCCUUGGGCAUCCAGGGACGCAGGAUUCUCAAGGAGAAAUCCCACAUUGAAGUGUUCAUGCGGCCCCUGGCCAACGAGGCCAGCGCCUUGGUCUUCUUCAGCCGCCGGACAGAUAUGCCUUAUCACUACCACACCUCCCUCGCCCAGCUGAACUUUGACAACUCCAGCACGUAUGAGGCCCAGAACGUCUACACGGGUGAUGUCAUCAGUGGCCUCCACUCUAAAACCAACUUCACAGUGAUCAUCAACCCCUCAGGGGUGGUGAUGUGGUACCUAUAUCCCAUCAGGAAGCUGGGGACGCCCCAGCACUGAGGAGCUGAGACAUGUGACAGGCUGUGGCGGCGCUGCUGAGCCCAGACUGUGGAGCCUCCACAUGCCGAGGCCAGCAGGCGGGGUUCUCUGAUACCCAGGCCCACUCGGUGACCCACGUCAGACCCAAAGUGCAAUCUCAGGGCCAGGGUCCGUGCCCUGCCCAAGUGUGAACCUUCUUGGAAACUCGUCUUGGAGCGAUUUCCCGUGGCAUUCCUGGCUUCUACCUUGUCUGCGCGGCCCCGCAGAUGUUACUGAACAACUCAGCCAGCCCCCUGAGCCCCCACAAGCAGGGGGACUGAUACCCUCCGACCUUUUUGUUCACUCUGAAAGCAGGAUUUGGAAUUUUUCUUAUGAUUAGGAGUGGAGAUCGGACCUCUUGUCAGGAACCCCCAUGAAUCGUGUGAUUGGUUUUCCUGCCUGGAGAAGGCCUUGCAGGCUGACACCACCUAGGUAACCUUGGUUCCGUCAGGUUACCAAUAAAGCUGUUCUUUAAUCGA